AUGGGGAAUCAAGUUGAUAGAAAGUUUACUUGGGUGAUUAAGAAUUUUUCCACUUUGCAAUCUGAAAAAAUCUAUUCAGACGAAUUUGUGAUCAGCGGCUGCAAGUGGCGUCUUCUAGCCUUUCCCGAGGGAAAUAACAGCCCUAAUAAUUUUUCUCUGUAUCUGAUAGUUGCUGAUUAUGAAUCAUUGCCUUCUGAGUGUAAAAGGAACGUAUUUUUUACGUUUACUCUAGUAAACCAACUUCAUGAGAGACUCUCACGAGUGAAAGUAGCAAGAAACUGGCUAGACCAGAAGGCACCAGACUGGGGUUUUACAUCCAUGAUUUCCCUUAUCGAACUUCAUGCCAAAGAUGGUGGAUAUCUUUUGAACGAUGAACUCAAGAUUGUUAUUGAGUUAUAUGUUCUUGAAGUUAUUGGCAAAUUAGAUGUACCAGAGGAAUCUAAGGAGGCAACCAAACCUCUGAAAACGAUGAAUCACAAUGAUGAUGACGAGGACAUCCCAGGAGAUUUGGUGGAUGUCAAUGGGUUUCAAGUUCUUCCUUCACAGGUGGGUUUUGUGAGGCGCAUCUUUGGAAAACACCCAGACACAGCAGUAGAAUGCUGUACAAAGAACCAAGAUCUGAGAACAUCAUACAUUAAUGUCCUCUUCACCCUUAUCAAGAUGCUCUACAAAAGGACUCAGGAUCAAUCAACUGAUGAUCUGUCCGAUGCAGAAGCUGCUCUGGCAUACAUGAAAAGUGUUGGGUUUAAGGUAAAUUGGCUGGAGAAGAAACUUGUUGAAGUGAAAGAAAACAAGAAGAGAUGUGACCAGGUGACUGAACUGGAGCAACAGCUGCAAGACUUGAUGAAUAAGUACACAAGCGUAGGUCAACAGCUGGAAAAGGAGAGGGCAGAGAUUAAGAAGGCCGCAUCUCCUGAUAUAUCUUUUAAUGAUGUUGUUUGAUGACGUUUUGUUCUUGGAACUUGAAGUUUGGUUUUCUUUUUUUAGGUUUUCUCUAGUCUCUGUUCGCUAAUAAGAUUAAACUUGAAAA